UAAUACAGACAUUUUCCGUAAAGAUAUGACGUCACCACAGUCAUGCGCAGUCUUCACCCGGACCAGCUUUGUUAUGUUGUUGCUUGCUAUUGCUAACUAGCAAAUACAGUAUUUCCUUCGGUUACCGGAGGCAGCGAUGGACACCGAGGCGUUGUUGGAAGCGUUUCAAGAUUUUGAGAAUAAAGUGAAAAGGGAUACAAGUCCAGUAUUGGAGCAAUUCCUGUGUCAUGUUGCCAAGACAGGGGAAGCAAUGAUUCCGUGGUCACAAUUCAAAUCCUACUUCAUGUUUAAAUUGGAGAACAUCAUCGAUGAUUUUCACUCAUCGACCACUGAACAGAGAGGCACGCACAAUCCCAAUGUAGAACAUGUUCCUUUCGAGGAGAUGAAGAAGAGGAUAUUAAAAAUAGUUGACAACUAUAAUGGAAUCCCAUUCACCAUUCAGCGUCUGUGUGAGCUGCUCACUGACCCAAAGCGACAUUAUACAGGAACAGAUAAGUUUCUCAGGGGUAUAGAAAAGAAUGUAAUGGUGGUCAGCUGUGUGCACCCUACAUCGGAGAAAAAUGGGAUGUUGAGUUCAAACAGAAUGAAUGGAGUGAUGUUAUCUGGCACCUCUUUGGUACACUCUGACAGUCGAAAUGUUAACGGACCAGGCAUGCCAAAAGGGCUGAAUAGGCCAAAGCUGUCAUCGUCGACUUCACUUUCCACCAAUGGCCUCUCUGAGUGUGCAAUCAGCAAGGAGCCAGAGCCCAAUGCGGAGCCUCGCGUCAGCACUGACCUUUCACUCAUGGGAGGCAAAAUCACACUGAGCCGGACAAAAAGUAAACACACUGAUGAGGAGGAGGUGGAAGAGGGGGGUUCUGAUGCUGACAAGCACAACAGCAAGAGGCUAAAGGUCAGCGAGAAUCUGGAAGACGACAUAAGAGAAAACAAGGAAUCCUCAUGUAGAGGAAUGGAGAGAUCCUCAGCAAAGGGUGACUUCUUAGAAGACUCUAGCGAUCGACAAUUCCAAAGCGAACCAUCUUGUCGAACACAAUCCAAUAUAGAUGAUCCAGAGCCCAGAAGCCCACCGACACGAGCAUGUGAAAAGAGGGAACUUGAGGAGAAGGCCCACUCUGACAUCACUAGUCAUCAAUCGAAGGGACAACUGAAGGAGAAUACGCUGAUUGAGCACAACACUGGGGACAGCAGCGGCAGUGACGGAGGAGACUGCCUGCCGAGUGUCAAAGCGGUCCUCUCCUCUCCUGGUAAUUCACCCAACCUGACAACAGGGGGCGGUGCAGACAACUCAAACUGCGCAGAUUGAAAUCAAGCCUGGGGAUAGGAAAGGCAAGUGAAUAAACGAGCCAGUUGACCUAACUGACUCUUGACACUCUGACAACACAGCAAGGGUACGCUGCAUCACUGUGGAAUUGUAGGCUGCAGGAUCAGGAGUGAUAAGGAUCUGGAUGGUUCCUUUUGCAAGGAACUUAUGUUUACUUCAAUAUGAGCUGGUUGGUCAAAUAUCAACUAGUCUGAAGGACUAAAAAGGACAUCAUGGAGAUUUUUCCACUGUUGACUCACUUUUUUCUACACCCCCAUCCCCCACGCCAUGUUAGACCAUUUCAUGUCCACAACAUAUGAGCUGAGUUUAAUACCUUCAUCUUUGGCAUGUAUGUAUUUCCAAAAGGUACUUUGGUAGCUUGAGUUGUUUUAGCCUAAGAAUAGUUUUGAUACAAAGAAUGUCCCUCUCCAGAUGAAUCUGGUUCCCCUUAACAUCCUUUUCUAUGAGAAAAUAUUAGAGAAAAUAUAGAGAAUAUUUCAUCUUAUUUUUUUUUUAACAUUAACAUUGCACUUACUAGCACUAGCUCCUUGAUGGUUAGUGACAAUUAAGUUAAGACAUUUCAGCAUAACAUUGUCUUGAGAGUCCUUAACAAUUCUUCCCUCUAAUACCAUAGUUGUAGCCAUGCCUCGUUUUUUUUUUUAUAACUUGAGAUUUUUACAGUACUGUACAUGCCUGUAAAUCAGUUUUAUGCACUUGUCAUGUGUGCUCAUGGGCACAAAGAAAAAUAUCUGGAAAAUAAAUG